AGACGAGAUCAAUUUCAGUAAUAAAAAUGUGUUAGGGAAAUCACUGCUUUCCGAGAAAUCUAUUUUUAGAACUUUCGGCCAGGCAGGAACAUGAUAUUGAACCUCCCAUUUCUCAUCUUUCCCUUUUUUAAUUCUCUUGUUGUUUUGUCCUCUACUAGUUCUAAUACGAUAUUACGUUUUGUUUUUCUUUUUUUCGUACAAAAUCAGAAAAGUCUUAAAAUCUUGGUGAUAGGGAUAAUGAUUUCGGCUGGCGUAUUCAUUGAUUUUCAAUUCUCAUGCGCAUUAUAUUUCGGAAGACGAACACCUUCAGAUGGCGCCAAUAACGCGUGGGAUAAAAUUAUUUCGCCAAGUGUUUAUUCAGGGUCAGAUGUCUCUUGAUAUUGUUCUUGAACAGUCAAUAAUCGCGCAGCAAUCGUGUGGAAGGACCAGUCCCGAAAUUAUCAUUUUACUAGGAAAACGUAAGAGAGAGGUCAGGGUCAAGGACAAGGUCAAGGUCAAAGGAGGUGUCAAGAUACGAGAUGCCUGCAAGGACCUCGUCCUAUCAGAUAACCAGCUCCGGCUGGUCAUGCAGAGGCUCACCGAUGAAAUCAACAAGGGUUUGUCGAGGGAAACUCACGACGAUGCGGUCGUCAAAUGUUUCACCACUUAUGUGCAAGAUUUGCCGAAUGGCACAGAAAAGGGCAACUUCUUGGCGUUGGAUCUGGGCGGUACAAAUUUUAGAGUGUUGCUAAUCACAUUGGACCGUCAGAAUUUCGAUAUGAAAAGCAAGAUCUACGCAAUACCCCAGAGUUUGAUGCUGGGAACCGGUACUCAGCUGUUCGAUCACAUUGCUCAGUGUUUGGCGUUAUUCGUAAAGGACCUGAAUUUGCAGAACGAGGUACUACCAUUAGGUUUCACCUUCAGUUUUCCCCUGACCCAGUACGGAUUGACAGAAGGCCACCUGGUGAGAUGGACCAAGGGCUUCAAUUGUAGCGGCGUAAUCGGUGAAGAUGUCGUUGCCCUUCUUGAAGACGCAAUUAGUAGAAGAAAAGACGUUAAAAUCGACGUAUGUGCGAUCUUAAAUGACACCACCGGUACUUUAAUGUCAUGUGCUUGGAAAAAUCGAAACUGUCGAAUCGGUUUAAUCGUCGGUACUGGAAGCAACGCCUGCUACGUCGAAAAAACAAAAAACGUACAAUGUGCGAUUCCAGGCAACUAUAGCUCAGGCAAGCCCGAUAUGCUCAUAAAUACAGAAUGGGGCGCAUUUGGUGAACAAGAUGUGCUAGAUUUUGUGAUAACCGAAUUUGAUCGUGCCAUAGAUGAAAAUUCUAUCAAUCCUAAUAAGCAGCUGUUUGAGAAAAUGAUCUCGGGCAUGUAUAUGGGUGAACUAACAAGGCUGGUUCUUGAGAAGUUAGUGAACGCUGGCUUUCUCUUCGGCGGUAAAUGUCCCAAUGAUCUCAGAAAACGCGGCAAAUUUUUCACGAAAUACGUCUCCGAGAUCGAAAAUGAUCCUAAAGGUAGAUAUACGAAUUGUCGGGAUGUAUUAGCCGAGCUAGGAAUGCGGAAUGUAAGUGAUCAAGAUUGUGAAAAUGUGAGAUAUGUGUGUUCGGUGGUAUCGAGGAGAGCUGCGCAUCUGGUGAGCGCAGGAAUAGCAGCAUUGCUAAACAAAAUAGGGGAGAAUAAUGUCACAGUAGGCAUUGACGGAUCGGUAUACCGAUUCCAUCCACACUUCCACGAUCUCAUGACAGCGAAAAUCAGCGAACUUCAGAACUACAAGUUUGACUUGAUGCUCUCGGAGGACGGUAGCGGCCGCGGCGCUGCUCUGGUCGCUGCAGUGGCGUCGCAGAGGCGGUGAAGACGCGGUAGUCGGUAGCGAGUUAGCUGCAAUUCAAUUACGUGUAAUAUAAAAUCGAACGACGGUAUGAGAGAGCUGACUAGAGUGAACGAGUGAACGAGUGAAAGCGAUCGAGUAUGGAAAAGAAAUAUGGAAUCUUUUAUUUUCUUUUGUUCGUUUCAGCUGCACUUUUUACACUCUCUGUCUUCUUCCUUCUUUUAAGACCGUUUUAAAUCAUUUUUUAGGCUUCUUCGAAACCUGGAUAGUUUGUCAGUUAGGAAAAGGUAAUUACAUAUAAGAUGUAAUCAAAUAUUGAAAAUUAGAUUACGAGUUCGUUUUUGAUAAAAGAAAAAAAGAUAUUGAAGUAACAUGCACUAGUAUGCGUGUUACCUGCCUUGUUUUGAAAAUUUGUAAAAAGAUGUAAGAGAGUGCAGUUUAAAAGAAAUGAAUAGAAUCCAAAAAAAA